UGACUUUUCGCUGUUUUUUAUCCAAUCAAAAUACAACCUAUGCAUGCAUGCAUGCAUGUGUCUCCAUUAAUAAGACAUAUAUCUUUAUACUUAGGAACAACUUUCAAAUAGCGAAAGCUUCUCAAUACUUCAAGGAUGUAUACGUAAAACCGUAUUGCAGAAUACCACCUUAUGUAAUGGGAAUGGUACUGGGAUAUGUUAUUUACAAGUAUUUUUCCAAGAGGUUUCAACUAAAAUGGGUAAGACUUUUACUGAUUAAUCAGGAAAUAGUUGAUUGUUCAGAGGCGUUUUACUUUGGGAAUAUUUGUAGAAUUUCGCGACUGACCUCUAUGCGCACGAUAACAAUGCAUACUGCGCAGACAUAAAAAAUCAAUACGUUUGAUUCUAAUUUCCGGUUAUAGCUACUUGUGUUGUAAUUGUAUGCUUGUGUUGUAGUUGUAUGCUUGCGUUGGAGUGAGUCCAUGAAUUUAGUUUGAAAAAAUCUUCCCAAUAUCAAGAACAAUUUAUUUUUAUUCAUUUCCCCAGAAAUUCGUCCUAGCUAUAUGGAUAUUGGCAGUAUGUGUAGCACUUGUUGACAUAUACGCUCCAUACAGCGCCGUCAAAGAAAAUCCUCGAAUUUGGACUAAAGGGGAGAGAGCUGUUUAUGGGUCAUUACAUUGGACUAUUUGGAGCUUUUCCAUCAUUUGGUUAAUUUUUGCUUGUCAUUACAACUAUGCAGGUAUGUUGCAUGGUUAUAUAGAUGUAUGUUUGUGCAGCAACGAACAACCAAUAUACUUUCAAAGUCUACAAUGUUAAAGUAUUAAAAUGUUUCAAUUCCAAAUGAAAAUGUGCUUUGUUAAAACAUUAUUUUUCUAUAAUUUUAAUGCUCAUUUUCUGCAUGGCUAAUUAACAUUACUCAAAUAAAGACAUCAAUCGUCUCCCAUUUUCAGAUUUCUAUUUAUGCCAAUUUGUUUGGAAAAUAUACAUGCAUGCAUUAUAAAAAAGAUAGUGAAGUUAUUUUUGGCACUUUUCCUUCAAAUUAGUUAUUUUUGGCAAGUUCUGGGAAAUAAAUGGUGAUGUAAAUAAUUUAGAAAACUCAUUGAUAAUUUAUACAUUAUGCAAAUCGGUGUUAUAUCACAUGAGGGUUGAGAUUUCGAUAAUCAAACUUCGAUUUCUUCGAAAUUCUUGGUUAAAAUGAACCACAUCGCGGUCAUUCCCCCAAAAUAGUUGGUAAGCUUGUCCAAUGAUUAUUUGAUACAUGACCAGUAAUCAAUAUUAAGUUAACCUGAUUUGCACUCAUUCAACAAAGUUUUCUUCAAUCUUUUUUUCUUCAUUUGAUUUACUGCGACUCGCCUUGUAAAUCAAAUAAAGAUUGGCUGCUCAUGUUUAUAUAUCACCUAAAAACUAAUAAACGUCAUGAAGAAAAUCCAAAAGAAAGGAAUGUUCAAUCAAUGCCCGUAAAUCGAAUACAGAUUUAGUCUUGAACAACACUAACUUUAUGUUCGAUUUUCCCGAUCGGCUUAACGAACCAAGUUUGCCGAAAUAAUUGGUGUAUCAUGCAGAUACAAAUCAGCUUUAUAUAUUACUUUAAUUAUAUUAAACAUGAUUUACGUUUCAGGUCCAGUUAAAAUACUCCUUGCUGCAAAGUUCUGGAUACCUUUAAGUCGGAUAAAUUACGUUGCGUUUAUUAUGCAUUAUACAAUUAUAAAGAUUUUUGCAUACAACAUUGAAGCUCCCAUUCACUACACAGGCUUUACGUUGGUAAGCAGACGAUCAUUAGGAAUUUAGGGAGCUUUAGCUACGAGUACAAGUACGACUACAAGAUUCGUUAUCCGGACACGCCCACAUAUCCUUAUGCGAUCUCCGUUUUGGCAAAAAUUAGGCUUAGCUUUUGGGUUUUGUGUAUACUAGUGCAGGUUCACACAAGAAAAUAUUUAAUAGAGCUACACAUUCGCCGGACAUUUAAAGGGGCCCUACAGUAAUUUUUUAGUCGAAAAGCCACCUUAGGUAUUGUUUACAUUUUUUGUUAUUGUCGCUACUUGACAUGCGCAUCACGGCAUUCAUGCGUCUUCCGGUGUGCGGAAGUACUCAUACUGCAUGUAAGAUACAGCCAAACGAAUCUCCGUGGAAUCCCCUACUUAAGGUGGCUUUUCGACUAAAAAAUAACUGUAGGGCUCCUUUAACAUUCUUAGCGAUUGUUUACAUUACCAGCGGUUGCCGAACCAAUUAAGCACAUGCUUGCUACUCGUAACAUGACUUGCACUGGAAGUCGUCAGUAAAAUAAGCGACAUUAUCUCCAUGCAUAGUCUAAUGGGCUAUCUCCAAUUUAAAUGUGAAAAAAAUGUGCUUUAAGAAUUCAACUCCCAAACCAUGUGAAGGGAGUGGAAAUAAUUUGCUAUCAACGUCAGAAAUAGUACAGGCUACAAUAGCUAUUCACGCAAAUUCAAAAUCUAUUGGAGCAGUAUCCGCCUGAGUUAUACACCAUUUGGAGUUUGGUUGUAGGAACUAUUUUCGUCCCCAGGCUACUAGUUUUGGGUCACUUGGUGGUCUGAAGACCCUCAUGCUUAUCUUCAUGCAUUUAAACUAUUGGCUACCUCAACAAAAAUGCGCUAAGCGUGCUCCCAUUAGGGAUCCUCAGUGUGGAGAGCAGAUAGUCAACUUGCCUUGGUCCACAACCUGACUGAACCCAGGCUUUGCAAUUUUUGGAACAUGUCCAUAUUUAAUGUUUUACUUUUGCAUAGGCUCUCCUUCAAGAAUGGGCCCUGUUGAGGGAACCUAUCAAAUAUACACUAGCACUAUGGCCCUAGAUCAAUUUCGCAGUGAAACAAGCAUCUACUACGAGAUUAUGGCGUGUGUACGGAAUGGCGACAAAAAAUCUCGGCGUAGCCGUAAUCGUAAUCGAAUCUAAAGCUCCCUAACUACUUGAAAAUGAUUGGAACGAGAACUUGCAUGGUCACCAUGUUUGAAGCCGCUCAUGCUAGCCACCAAAAGAACUCCUUUACGGUUAUUUUUCUCGUUUUAAUUCUGUAAUGAUGAAACUUCAUCGAAAUAAAAAGGAAAUAAUUUUUGCGGAGUUACUAAAGAGCUCUGAAUGAAUCGGUAGACUCGUGAACUCGUUAUUAUAUUCAUUUUCAGAAUAUAAAAAUGAAAUACAAAUGCAAUGCCUCGGUUAUUUAAUAAAAACAUUCAGGUUUUAUCCUCGUGUAUAUUUAAAGCGUUCCGUGAUGAAGAAAUAUUGCUCAUAUAUUCUUUCAAAACUGAACAUCAAAAUUAAUUGACUUUCGCUCUAGAUCUUACCAAAUUAUAUAUUUUCCAAUGUGGCUACAUGUCAGUGUUGCUUCUAUUGGCUUUCACCUAUCAUAUGUCUUGGAAAAUGAAGUUAACAUUCCAUGCAGUAUUCGCAGAGAUGGAUGAAGUAAAUUCUUGAACAUGAUGCACCAGCUGUGGUGGGAGUUGGGUUCUUUGUCUAUGGAGAAUACACAUGCUGUGUAUUUGUGGGGUUGAAGUAUUCCCAAUAGUCAACUUCAGGCCCAUAGACUCAGAUUAUUUAAUGUAAAUACAAUCAGUGGGAAAUCACAUGCAUGGGCAUCCGUAGUUCUCGCGGGCUCAUGUGCGUGAUCGGCGCAGUCUUCGGCGCAGUCUUUCAUCCGUUGCGCACGUUGUAACCAAUAAUCUGUUGGCGUUGUAAUGCCAUUGUAUGCAAUAAAGUAUUGGGUUGUAACUGAAGACAAAACCACAAGCAUUGGACAAAAGUUCUAAUUGUAAAUGUAAUUAGCACCAAAUGGAGAUAGGCGGGGUGGGCGUUGUUCUUUUUCAUACAUAUUAUAUACCUGUAAGUGAUUUAUAAAAGACGAGUCACAAACACUGAUCAUUUAAUUCGCUGUAUUAGAAUGAAAAAAUAAUAUCAAUUACAUUCACCAUCUGCUCGUAGGCUACGUCAUAUGCAGACGCAGUAUAACCUUACUUGAAAGCAAAUAGUGGAACGAAGAGAUGUUGUUUAAUUUACUUGAUCGUACUGAUAAUGCUUACCGAAACCAAGUCUUAGUGAACGUGUAGAGAAAGCUUAAGGGCAUAGGUUGUUUUCCCUUCCGAUCGCUUUGCAUGGGACAUGCAUGACCUGUUACGUCACCUGCAUGCAGGUGUAAGUAUACAGUCUCGGGACACACACGAGCGCGCGGGAAUAUGGCAUUUAGGCGGACGCUUUUUCCGAGAAUACUUGAUUUUUUCAGAUUUAAAUAUAGUAACCAAAUAAGUGACUGAUUCAUUGCACAUUCUAUUAUGUGUUGUUUGUUGUUCUAAUAUAUAACCAUGUGAAUAACCAUUAUCGAUCUAUUUUGUACCCUAGGUCACAAGUUAUCUUACUGCAUUGGUUUUAUCUUACGCCGUCGCUUUUAUUGUCACAGUCGUGGUGGAACAGCCUUGCGCAAACCUCGAGGCCUUGGUUUGGAAGAAAGUAGAAAAGAAAUAGAAGUCAUUUAUACGGAGUACAAUAUGUUGCCUGUUGGACAUUUGCUGUUGUCAUUUUUUAGUUAAUCUAGUUAAAUGUAUUCAUAAACGCUCGGACACGGGGAGUGCGGACAUCGCCGGAUACGCCAAAUGUUGUUAUUUUGUAUUUUCGACCGGUUUGUUUUUCCGAAAUAUCUCCGUGAUGAAUUGGAGCGAGUGCAGAAGAGAGCCUUGGGUUGUAUAUUCCCAGGCAUCCCGUAUCAUGAUCAGGGCCGUAGCUAGCAUGUAUAGUUUUGUAGGCCAAAAAUUUCCGAAUGACGAAAAAAAUUUCCGAAUAUUUCAUGGCAUACGAAGCCAAGAAGGUGUUUGCUAUCCGGGAAAUGAAGACGCAAUUCACAAACAAAAAUACGAUUAUUUUACGCACAGAUAUAUUACAGAAGCAUGUAGUGCCAUAGGAAGGUCUUUUUGAUUGGGGGGGGGGGGGGGGGG